AUGAGCACCGUUCCCGUCACCGUCCACCUGCCCGCCGGCCUCGUCGACUCCAUCCGCCGCCAGGCCAGCCGCAAAUCCAUCUCCACCGACGACAUGAUCGCCCUCUCCGAGAACGUCUGCAAGGGCUCCAAAGCCAUCAUCGAUGCCGUCAAGGAAGACCGUGUUCUUCCUGGAGUACAGCACACUGGCAUGUCGACCCAUUCGGGCAAGCAGCGCUCCUACUGGGAUUCUCAGUUCCUCAUCACGAUUCACGACCCGAAAAGGAAGAAAGCGUUCCCGGUCAAGGUGCGCGCAACCACGGAUUUCAGUACUGUCGCGGAGAUAGUGGCGAUGCAUGAGGGCAUUCCUGUCGGUAAGGUGUUGUUGAGGGAUCAGCAUCACAAGGCGGUCUACAGACGGGACGGAUGCGUGCAGGGCACUCCUGUGAAGUGGAAGCAGUUGGACCCAGCUGGAGUGAAGCCAGGAGACAUUUUGACUCUGCAUUUGAAUGAGGACUUGCAGUAG